AUCUAACCCAAAAAAAACUGUAUUAUGGAUGACAUUGGUCGCGAAAGCCUCCUACGUGUUAAACAGGCAGAUGCAUAUAUAUCAGCGAGACGUAUCACCUACAAGAUGAGAUUGGCUUGAUGCUCAUGGUGUGUUGCGUCUUUAAGAUUAUGCGCUUUUGUCCGCAGGAGUGGAGGCACGCGGUCCAUAAUGUUAAACUGUUGGACACCAAACCGCUUACAAAGCCUUGCAGCAGCAAGCAGCCUUACAGUGCAGCAAGCAAGACACUCUCUCUCUCUCUCUUCACGGUCAUGGGUCACAGGUCGACUUGAAUGAGUGAGUGUGAGAGUGUUCGUGAGAGUGUACGUGUGAGUGUGCGCGCGUGUGGACUUUGUUGAUUUUUUUUAACGAAAGGAGCCAUCGUCGCUUGCAGUUGCGACCGCCCUGUUUAAAAUUCGGCAUUUCUCAUUCGGCUCUUUGAAUCGACAGCGCGCAAGAGGCAGGCAUCGGCGCAACGCGAUCGAGAGGCGAGAAACGCAGCGGAACAAAACGUCACUGCGAGCGCGGGGGGUUCGCGAUGCAAGCGCCUGCCAAGGAGCCGGGACGUGUCGAGAAGUCGCAAGCGGCGGAGAAGCUGAACGACGACGGCGGUGACGAUGGGGAGGAGACGAGGAGGAGGAGGAAUCCCGGGCCGGCCGUGGUGGUCGUGCACGGCGGGGCGUGGGCCAUCCCGGACGAUCUGGCCGAGGCGAGCGUGGCGGGGGUGAAGCGCGCCGUCGUGCGGGCCCACGAGCUUCUGUCCAGUGGCGGAGGCAGCGCCCUCGAUGCCGUGGAGGCGGCCGUGAAAGCGCUGGAGGACGACGUGGCCUUCGACGCGGGCCAUGGCUCGGUGCUGACGGAGGCUGGCGAGGUGGAGAUGGACGCGCUCAUGAUGGACGGGAGGACGCUGCGCCUGGGCUCCGUGUCGUGCGUGCAAGGGGUGGCGAACCCGGUCAGCCUGGCCCGUGCGGUCAUGGAGAAGACGGAGCACGCCAUGCUGACGGCGGCCGGGGCCGCGCGCUUCGCCGAGGCGCAGGGGGUGGCGCGCGUGCCCCAGCACGAGCUCGUGACGGAGGCGGCGCGCUCCGAAUGGGAGCGCUACCGGCGCUACCGCCACGCCGUGCGGGCGCUCUUCAGCUCGGAGCGGGCCCACGACACCGUGGGUGCGGUGGCCCUGGACGCGCGGGGGGACGUGGCGUGUGCCACCUCCACAGGGGGCAUCACCAACAAGAUGCCCGGUCGCGUCGGAGACAGCCCCAUCGUGGGGUGCGGAGGCUACGCGGAUAACGCUGUGGGCGCCGUUUCCACCACCGGGCACGGAGAGUCGAUCAUGAAGGUCACGCUGGCGCGACUCAUCCUGUUCCACAUGGAGGCCGGGAAGUCCCCGGAUGAGGCGACGGCCCUGGCACUGAGCCACAUGCGCGACCGGGUCGGAGGUCACGGCGGGGCCGUGGUGCUGGGCCGGGACGGGUGCUGGGGGGUUCGCUGCUCCACCGAGCGCAUGGCCUGGGCGGCCGUGGCCGCAGGCUCGCUCUACUACGGCCUUCAGCCUGGGGAAGUCCACAUCGAGCCUCUCAAGUAAAGCCACCAAACGGUCCGGUUUGGGCUGGGACAGUUCCCCCGGUAGUUGGCUCAGCGCUUCCCCAAGAAGCUUUUGUGAAAAUCCGUAUUUUGUCCCAGUUUAACAUUUGACGGCUUCAUGCCCGAUGGCUGUUGCAAACUCCUUGCAGCGGAAAAGUCGCCAAACAGUUCUCCAGAAGUCGGUGAAUGGAUCUUGUUAGGUUGUUACAAAUGUCAAUAGACGAUUUCCCAAGGACGGUAUUACACAUAAUGCGCUGAUACUGGAUCUUUAAUACCUUUAAUACACAGCUGGAAUCACGCCACUAGACAAUGAACUAGACGUAUUACGCAAAGUAAACAAUUUAGGAUAUUUAUAUGCAUACUAUCCGUGCUAUCGGUUCCCUGCCUCUAUUCAAGUCUCAUAUCCCUUUUUCCUCUUCCUAUGACUCUCUGCCUCUGUACAACAUUAUUUGCCCAGUUCUUGUACGGCAUCUUGAAAUGCAAUAUAUUAAUCCACAUCGUCAAGAGUUGUAGGUAUUACCUCCUAAUAAUAUAUAAUUUCCCUAGUUUAUAGUCACGAAAUGUAUUUGCUGAUUAAAAACUUGGCAAAAAUAUUGCCUGCAGUGCUGCAAUAGCAUAGAGUAAAGAGUUCAGUGCUAACGUACUGUAUUUCAAAACUAUAAUUACCGAUUUUCAUAUCAAAUAAAAUAACUUGUUACGUUUA